AUGGCUGAGACCACUGGUCCACCACACUCUGAUGAGAGUAUUAUUGGGAAGAAAGAGGCCCUUGAUCUCGGAAAGGUCGAAAGUUGCUCGGCUGGCCAGUAUAUUGAGCGGGCUGGAGUAAAAAGAAACAUCAAGUCUCGGCAUGCUCAAAUGAUGGCCAUUGGCGGUGCCAUUGGCACGGGCUUCUUCGUUGGUGCUGGCCAGGCGCUUGCAAUCGGAGGACCAGGCUUCCUUCUCCUUGCCUAUGGACUUAUGUCCCUCCUUGUCUACGGUGUUUUCACUGCAGUGAUUGAAAUGAGCACGUACCUUCCCAUCCCCGGGUCGUCAAUUGCAUACUACUGUAGCCGCUACGUCUCGCCAUCCCUCGGCUAUGCCUUAGGCUGGCUCUAUUUCUACUCGUUUGGUAUCAUCGUCGCCUACGAGAUCACGGCUGCCAGCCUUGUCAUCAACUACUGGCCAAACAACGUUCAUAUCGCCUUAUGGGUCACCGUCCUUCUGGUCGUCAUCGUAGGUCUCAACCUCUGUCCAGUAGGUGUCUACGCAGAAGCCGAAUUCUGGUUUGCAGGCAUCAAAGUAAUCAUGAUAAUCGGGAUGAUCAUCUUAUCCCUCAUCAUCAUGCUCGGUGGAGCACCCACUCACGACCGACUCGGAUUCCGAUAUUGGAAUGACCCCGGCGCAACAAACGCCUACAUAGUCCCUGGGAGCGGCGGCCGCUUCACCUCCUUCCUCUACGUCUGGGUCUGGUCCGGCUUUUCCUUCUUCUUCGGCCCCGAGCUGAUGGUAUUCACGGGUGGAGAAAUGCGAAGCCCACGCAAGAACCUCCCCAAAGCAUCCCGCCGCUACUUCGGUCGACUUGUCGUCUUCUACAUCCUGGGCACCCUCUCCAUGGGCGUGACCUGUCCUUCAAACGCCAAAGGCCUGACAUCCAACACCGGCGACGCCAACGCCUCCCCAUGGGUCAUUGCUAUCCGCAACGCAGGCAUAACCGCCCUCCCAUCCAUCAUCAACGCUUGCAUCCUCACUAGCGCCUGGUCCGCCGGUAACGCCUACCUAUACAUGUCCAGCCGAGCACUCUACUCCCUCGCCGUCGCAGGCAGCGCACCCAAGAUCUUCGCCCGGUGCACCAACUACGGUCUACCUAUCUACGCCGUCCUAGGAAGUAGCUGCUUCACCCUCCUAGCCUACCUCAACGCCGGUUCUCAGGCAGGCGAAGUCUUCAACUGGUUCGUCUGUCUCACCAACACAUCAGGAUACACAUCCUGGCUUACAUGCUGUCUCAUCUUCCUCCGGUUCCGGAAGGCCUGCAACGCCCAGGGUAUCGUCAUGCCCUAUCGUUCGAAUAUCCAGCCGCUCGCGGCUUGGAUUUGUCUGUUUGUUUUUGCGGCGCUGUUGUUGUGUAAUGGGUUUACGGUUUUCUUUCCAGGGCGGUUUUCGGCGAGUGAGUUUUUGACGGCGUAUCUUGGGAUUCCGCUUUUCUUGGCUAUUUAUUUUGGGCAUAGGUUGACGGUUGGAAGGAAGGAUCCAUGGGUUUAUAGGCCUGAGGAUGUGGAUUUGAGAUCUGGUGUUGAGGAGGUUGAUGCUGAGACGGAGACGUGGGCUAGGUUGGAGGCUAUGAAGAGGGAAAGGAACGUGAGGCCGAAUGUUGUCUGGAGCAAGAUAUCUUUGAUUUGGUCGUGA